AAAACAUUGGGCAGCAUUCUAGAGCUUAAUUCUUGAUCUUUGUUGAAGUGUGUGGCAUUGAGAUCUUGUAUUGGGGGUCUAGGUUUCGACUGUAAGAGAGCUGAAAAAAGGUCGAAUAAUUUUUUUUUCUUUUAAAUGCAUUUUGAAGAAAUAGGUUGAUACUAUGACUUCAAAUUUUUAAUACAAAUGAUAAUUACUUACAACCAUUAUUGGCAGAGCAUGAAGUGACCUUGCAAAAUUUAGUUUGCUAUGAGUCCAUUUCCAACGUAAAGCAGUUCUUACAUAGCGAACAGGAUAAAAUAUCUCCACAAAUGUUGGACUCUGCUCUUAAGCAUGCAAUUACUUGUGGUCGCAAGAACAUGGCACAUUACCUCUAUAAGAAGAUUCCACUUGAUCAUUUUCUACGGGAAGACAGUGGCUUCUUCCUCCUCCAGCACUGUAUAACCAAGAGAACGUUUGAAGCAUGAAUGUAUCACGUUUAUCGCAGCCAUACUACGCAAACUGGACAAGGAACCAUCACGCAAACUGGACAAGGAACCAUCACGCAAACUGGAUAUGGAACUAUAUAUACCACGCAAACCGGUUCUACCCCGCAUAUUACGCAUAGCGGCCAAACUAUUAAGCAUACCGAUUGGAGUACCUUUAUUGUUACUUGGGUUACCAAUAUCGGUAUCAGU